AUGGCACAUAGCUCGGCUACCAUCGAGCCCGAUGUAUCGGAUAACGAUUCAGCUUACCCCGGAUCUGUGGACCACGCUACUUACACGACGAGCAUCACUUCGGGUGCCUUGAAUUACCAAUAUGAGAACGGUCGCAGAUACCAUUCAUAUCACGAGGGCGAAUAUCUUCUGCCGAACGAUGAACAGGAACAAGAUCGUCUCGAUCUGAGCCAUCACAUUUAUUUAAUGCUUCUCAAAGGAGAACUCCAUCUAGCACCCAUCAAAAGCCCAGGUCGAGUGCUAGACCUUGGGACAGGAACAGGUAUAUGGGCAAUUGAUUUUGCGGACGAAUAUCCUGAAACAGAAGUUAUUGGGAUCGACUUGAGUCCCAUCCAACCGUCAUGGGUACCGCCUAAUUGUCGAUUUGAAGUCGAUGACUUUGAACAACCUUGGUCAUAUAGCAAGCCAUUCGACUACAUCCACGGCCGUGAGCUAGCAGGGGCCAUUCGGAACCACGAACAACUCUUCAUACAAGCCUUUGAAAAUCUCAAUCCAAAUGGGUGGUUUGAGAUGGUUACGAUGGAACCCAACACCAGAUCAGACGACGGUACCCAUCUCAAAGCAACAUGUAUGCUCGAGUGCAUAGAGCACAUCUACGCAUCAUCAAAGAUGUUUGGGAAGGACAUGGACGUCGCACCGUUAUGGAAAGGCAUGAUGGAGAAAGCCGGAUUUAUCAACGUUACAGAAGUGGUGUAUAAGCUUCCUCAAAGCCCCUGGCCAAAAGACCCCAAGCUCAAAGAGCUCGGGAAAUACCACCAGCUCAACAUGCUCGAAGCGAUGCCAACAUACACGUACGCGCUCUUCACCCGUAUGCUUCGGUGGGAACGUGUUGAAAUCGAAGCCCUGCUGGCAGGAGCUCGACGUGAAUUGAAAGACCUGUCUAACCACUUGUAUACAAGAGUGUACAUAGUAUACGGGCAAAGGCCCCAAUGA